AUGCUAAAAUUGUUAAGAACUACAAAUCUGAGACUACUCCAGUACUGUCCCGUGCUGCCAUCACGGGCUACAAGAGUGAGUGGCAAUAGCGCUAAAUUUCUCACACACAGGAGUUUCUUUACUGGAACGCGCCUGUGGCAAGCAGACGGUAAGAAACCAUUGAGCAGAAUCCCUGUGGGAGGUACGCCUAUCAAGAGUCAUGAGAAAGUGCGAGAUGGCUCGAUCGAGUUUUCUACAGGAAAGGCGAUUGCCCUAUUCCUAGCGGUUGGUGGGGCACUUUCUUAUUUCUUCAACAGAGAGAAACGCAGAUUGGAGACGCAGAAGGAGGCAGAAGCUAACAGAGGAUACGGUAAACCUUCACUGGGAGGCCCCUUCCAUCUGGAAGACAUGAAUGGUAAUGAGUUUACGGAGAAAAAUCUUCUGGGCAAAUUUUCUAUAUUAUACUUUGGGUUCAGUAACUGCCCCGACAUCUGUCCUGAUGAGCUGGACAAGCUGGGUGUAUGGCUCAAUACCCUUUCUUCAAGGUACGGCAUCUCCUUACAGCCGUUGUUUAUCACUUGCGAUCCGGCAAGAGAUUCUCCCGCUGUAUUGAAAGAGUACUUGAGCGAUUUUCAUCCCUCCAUCCUAGGGCUGACGGGCACAUUCGACGAGGUGAAGAACGCAUGCAAGAAAUACAGGGUAUAUUUUUCUACUCCACCAAAUGUCAAGCCGGGCCAAGAUUAUUUAGUGGAUCACUCCAUUUUCUUCUACCUCAUGGACCCUGAGGGACAGUUUGUGGAUGCUUUGGGCAGAAAUUAUGACGAAAAGACGGGUGUGGAAAAGAUUGUAGAACACGUAAAGGGCUAUGUGCCUGCAGAGCAGCGCGCUAAGCAGAAGGAGGCAUGGUACUCUUUCUUAUUUAAGUAA